AUGGACCAUUCACGAGACCCCUGCCCAUGGGUCGCACUAUCAGACUUUGGCGGUGCCUUCUCAAUGGGCGCCAUUGGCGGCUCAGUCUGGCACGGCAUCAAAGGCUUCAGAAAUUCACCAUAUGGCGAGCGGAGAAUAGGCAUGAUCACAGCCAUUAAGGCGCGAGCACCGGUGACAGGCGGCAACUUCGGUGUAUGGGGCGGCAUGUUCAGUACAUACGAUUGCGCGGUCAAGGGCAUUCGAAAAAAGGAGGAUCCCUAUAACUCAAUUAUCGCUGGGUUUUUGACCGGCGGCUCGCUGGCUGUAAGAGGAGGAUGGAAGGCAGCGCGGAACGGAGCCAUCAUGUGCGGGAUCUUCCUUGCCGUCAUUGAGGGUGUUGGUAUUGGGAUCCAGCGCAUGAUGGCGGAGCAGACGCGGCUAGAUGCCCUACGUUCACUACCACCUUCGAUCGUCGAGGACUUGCUUCCGGAGGAGCCCAGAGACUCAUAUCGCAACGUCUGGAAUGAACGCGAUCGUCGCCUCCGGCAGGUGCUGCGUCGCUAUGAGAAUCAGAUACUGUAUGGCUGCCACAACCGCCGCUGCAUUGCACCGUCAUGUCUCAGCUACCGCAAGAGGAACAGCAAGACGCCUCUACGGCCGCACACGGAGACCAGUGCACGGGCUCUAGCGGGGCACUUGGUGGAAGAAUGUGCCAGGAGCAGGAAAGACCCGGUCGAUGGGCUUUGCUUGAACAGGCCCGUGGUCCCAUGGUAUCAAGAUCCUAGGACUACACAUGCACGCAGAAAGACGAAGUCGGACCCAGAGCACACGGUCAGGUCGCCCGUUCCAAAUGGUCAUAUCAAGACACCGUCCGAACAGCGGUUCUCUGGACAGGCUUCGGAUGAUGCCCAGCCUAACGGGCGUCGACAACAUGCACAACCGCCGGUCGACAUCACAGCAAAGGUGGUGCGAGAUCGGCCCGCGAAUGUGAGGGACCGGUCCGCAGCUCGCAGGAAGAGCGACACCAUCGAAGCAGAUGAGUUUGUUGAGGGUGGCCAGACACAGCGGCCUCGUCGAGAUUCUGGAGACAGAACGAGCCCACGAGAAUCGCAGGAUGACCAGACCAUCGUGGACCACGCAAUUCACGUAGAGGGAGUCGUGAGGUACCUGGUGACCGCGUCCGAUGGAAGCAGCCCAGUUGCCAGAUGGCGCGUCGAGGAUGACAUCGUGGACAAGUCAAUGCUAGCCAGGUACAAGACCAAGCAUGGCAUAUCAAAUGACGCCCCUCAGACUCAGGAGAGCAGUUCAAACAGUGCCGCUGAUUCAGUCGACGACCGAGAUACAGCAAGUCAUGAUCAUCGAUCUGCUUCACAGCUGUCUAAUGACAAAGUCUCCGGGGGCGGCAACAAAAAACUCGACUUCGCUUCCUUCACCCAGCGACUAUGGAAUACCCUGUCUCUGACCAAUCUGGAGCUUGAGCCGGCGUCUGAUGCGUAUGCUGAGCAGCGUGAGAAGCAUCCGGAGCAUGAUCAUCAACACCAUGCCAGCCUUGUUGAGCACGAUACUAUGAGUGGUGGCUCGACUCCACCUGCAGACCGCACGAUCUACACCAAUACAGCUCUUUGUGGCUUCACUUUACGACGCUUAUCUCUCCAGAACAUGCACUGGUUGUUCACAAGUUUGACAGCUGAGCUUGACUGCGUACCUGUCCUUCCAAGACCGUUGCUACGAUUUGUAAUGCAGAGCGUGCAAUAUGUCUUUGGAGAUCCCAGCCGGCUUCUGGAGUCCGCACGAACCUGGAAUGACGGCAGCAAGCUCAUGCAGCUCUCAUCUGUAUUCGACUCUUGCAAUCGACAGCCUGCUAGAAGCUAUCCUCCACGAACCAGGUCCCACAAGGUCACGCACGGCACAGAUUCCGACGAAGUCGAUCCGAAGUCCACAAAGUCACAGGUUUAUGUUGAUGAAUUCUGCUCAGGCGCUCUGGCCGCCAAUCUCGCGCCCCUGUCCCGGGUUCCGGGUGGGACAGAUCUACUAUAUGGCCCUCUUCAUGACAUGUUGCAACAGUGUUACAGCAUUAGCCAUCCGGGCUAUCACGGUGAGCAAGCUGCCAAGUCGCAACGCAAGAUGUUAAAGCGAUCAGGUGGAGGCUUAGUUGACCAUUCCAUCAGAAACGCGGAGGAGACGGGCCUCAUAAGGACACCGGCGAAUGUCCUCGACCACAAACAGAUUUCGAGACUUCUCGCCAUAACUUUCUUGGCUCUGGUCUCGCCGGCAUUUACCGCCGAGAAGUGGAACGAUUCUAAUACCGUAGUGCUUCUCGCUAUGGCUCGUUGGAAGAACGACAAUGUCACAAGCCUCAAUUUUACUAACAGCAGAGAUUCCGAUUCUGUAAUAUUUGCUCGAGCCGUAGUCGAUGGCUUUGAUCAAACGCACAACUGGUACCGGAGACGUCUGUGUGCGGCUGUGACGGAUUGCAUCAGCCAUCAUCUCGCAGCUGCGAACAUCGGUAUGCACAAAUCGUCGUUGCGAAGCAAACCGUCCAAUAUCAUCGAUAGAAUCAUCGAGCUACUCUUUGCGAAUGUCUGCGGUGGCCUAGACAACGAUGAACACAUCUACAAUGUGGUCCGUUAUGCCUUUGUCGAUGGUUUGAUUGACAUUGCUCGCACUGUCUUGCUCUCAGAUUGGGAUCGCGAGCCAAUUGUGACUCGGACAGGCGCAGUCGGGGGAGCUUUGGAGCUUCUGUCAAGUCUGUACAAUCAUCCAGAUCUUGUGGAGGUAGGCUUCUGGCCUAUGGCGUUUGUUCGCGAUGCCCUGGACGAGAUGGAAGAGCCAGUACGAUGGUUGACUUUCGAGCCAACAGGCCGGAUAACGCAUAUUCUUUCCUACCCGUUCCUCUUCGAGGACAAUACACUGGUUAAGUACUUCCGCACCAUAAAUGCUUCAACAAUGCGGACAUCAUUUGAUCAGGCCAGCAUGGUGUACACUGAUGCGCUGCAUUACUUGCACACCAAUCCCAUCCCGGUCUACAGUGGCGAAGACGUGCUCAGUUCCUUGCGGCCUUUUAUGGCCAAGUACUUUGUCCUGACCAUACGUCGUGACGACAUCCUCGGAAGCGCACUCGACCAACUCUGGAGGCGGCAGAAGCGGGAAGUGCUCCGUCCACUGCGUGUGCGCCUAGGUCGAGAAGGAGGCGAGGAUGGCCUCGAUCAUGGUGGUGUGCAGCAAGAAUUCUUUCGUCUAGCUUUCGCUGAGGCAUUCAAACCCGACUACGGGAUGUUCAGUGUCGAUCAGAGCACGCACAUGACAUGGUUCCAACCUGGUAGCCUUGAGCCGUCGUGGAAGUUCGAAGCGAUUGGAAUUCUCAUGUCUUUGGCACUGUACAAUGCCAUCACCCUGCCAAUCACGAUGCCGUUGGCGUUCUACCGCAAGAUUCUCGGUCUCAAGGUGACGAAACUUGAGCAUAUUGAAGAUGGCUGGCCUGUGCUCGCGAAGGGUUUGCGAUACCUGCUUGAGUAUGACGGCAACGUUGCGGAGGAUAUCGGUCGAACCUAUGAGUUCUCUUAUGACUUUGGUGGAGCGGUAUAUACCAUUGACAUGCGAAAGAAGGCAGCGGCUGGAAGGAGGCUGGUUCCGAGCAAGAAGGGCAAGGAACGAGCGACAUCACCAUGCUCCUCGCCGCAGCCGUCAGCAGACACCCCAAGGAAGGAAAAGAAGCCGCUAGCAACAGCAACGGCGCCUGCUGACACUGCAGUGCCGCUGAUAUCAGGUGCGGACAAUGGACCCGGUCCAGCUGCCCCAUCGCCACCUUCCUCAGCAGACUCUUCACCGCCCAGAGCGUCCAGUCCUCUGAGACCACGACAAGAGCCACCUCUCGUUACAAAUGCCACCCGCCAGUCCUUUGUCACCGCCUACAUCGCUCACCUCACCAACACCACCAUCGAACCACAAUUCUCCGCCUUCGUCAAAGGCUUACACACCUGCUUCCCACCCAAGGCACUCACUCUCUUCACCCCACAGCAACUUCGCGAUCUCGUUGAGGGUCACCGUGUCGUCACCACGCAAGACCUUCGCUCCAUAGCCACCUAUGACAGCUACGACCCAGAAGAAGGAUACAUUCGCGCAUUCUGGCUUGUCGUCGAGCAGGAGACAGCCAAAGAUCCCGAGUUUGCGAAAGCAUUGCUAGAGUUUGUCACGGCGUCAGAGCGCCUUCCCGCGGGCGGUCUACAACUGGGUAGCUUUGUCAUUCAGAAGAACGGCGACAGUAUUGUUCAUGCACCGACCGAAGACUUCUCUGAUAUGGCUGGCUUAGUUGGACGCCCGGAGCUGAUCGAGCGCGAGAAGGAGAGGAAGCGGCGUGGUGAUAAGGAUGAACAGGGCGGAUGGAAGGCGAGAUUGCCGAGUAGCUCGACGUGUUACGGGAGGUUCUUGCUGCCAAGGUACCGCGUUGCUGGGGAGAGGGAGGGGAUGCCGCCGGAGCCCAAUGAGGGAAGAGAGGGCAGGGAAGGGAGUUUGACUUGGGUGGAGGUUUUGAGGGAGAGGCUGGUGAAGGCUGUGAUGGAGGGGAGGGGGUUUGGGAUGCUUUGA